ACAGGUGUAACAUGUGGCCACGGACAUGUUUCUGUGGUGGCGGCGGGGGGGGAAGAGAGAGCAACCUUCAAAAUAAAGACUAACAUAAAAGGCGAUUCUCAGAUAAAAACGCGGAGGAAGGCGCUCGGCGGUUGUUUUUUUUUGUGUUUCUGUGUUUUGUCGCUGUUUAUAAAUGGAGAUCUGGCGGUUGUGAUCGUGGGAGGAAAACGCGGUGGAGGAUACGUUAGGAGACGAGGAUUGAUUUGUUUCACCUUACUAGGAAGUGAGCGCUGUGUCCGGGAAGGGGAGGGACUCCGACGACAAGUCUGGGGCGCUGCUGUGCUGCUCACAGGGCUGCACCACAGCAACCUUCUAAUCCCUAAUACUCGAUCCGGUGCUUGUUUGUUUUGAUAUUUUUUUUGCAUAAGUAGCCGAGAGUCCCGCUGCGAAGCAUCGCAGCUUUUGUUUUGGUCUAUCUGCUCGUUGGUCCCGGCCCGGCCCGGCCCGGCCCGGCCUGCACGCUGUGCAUGUGCAGAGAGAGAGGGGGGGGGAGCCUCUAGCGCAGGCUAACGGCAGACGGGCUUAUUACUGCCAUAAACGCACGCCAAGUUGUCGGUGAACUUUGUCACAUUUCGGAGGCAUGUCCAGCCGGCUGCUGCUGCCGAGGCGCGGCGGGAGAGCGCUGUCGGUGAUCGCGGGGCGCAGAGGCACCGACGCACUUUCAGGAGUUCAUUCGGCUGCGCGGCGCUUCAUCGUAGAUAUGUCCUACUCGGCGCACUUCAUGGAUUUCAAGGGAUCCUCCAUACCGAGCAGCAUGAGGAAGCUGGUCGUAAACAAGCUUAGUCCGAAUUUCCGAGAGGCCGUCUCUGUGCAGACCGUCGCGGUCCCGACGCCCGGGGACGCGGACUUGCUCGUCAGAAAUCGUUUUGUGGGGAUCAACGCUUCUGAUAUUAAUUACUCAGCAGGCCGGUACGAUCCCUCUGUGAAGCCCCCCUUCGAUGCUGGUUUCGAGGGUAUCGGUGAGGUCGUCGGCCUCGGCCUCAGCGCCAGCUCCCGUUACACCGUCGGGGACACUGUGGCCUACUUCGGCAGCGGUGCGUUCGCUGAGUACACAGUGGUGCCGGCCAAGGAAAGCGUGCCUGUACCUGCGGUGAAGCCAGAGUUCCUCACCCUGCUGGUCAGCGGUGCCACGGCCUACAUCGCCCUGAAACGUCUGGGCGACCUGGCCAAAGGUGAGACGGUCCUGGUCACGGCGGCCGCUGGUGGAACGGGACAGUUCGCGGUGCAGUUUGCCAAACAGGCCGGCUGUCACGUGAUCGGCACCUGUUCAUCCGACGAGAAAGCCGGCUUCCUCAAAUCCAUCGGCUGCGACAGGCCGAUCAACUACAAGACAGAAGACCUGGCCAAGACGCUGAGAAAAGAGUACCCCAAAGGUGUCGAUGUGGUGUACGAGUCGGUCGGAGGCAGCAUCUUCGAGCUCGCAGUAAACAGUUUGGCCAAUAAGGGCCGGCUGAUCGUGAUUGGCUUCAUCUCGGGGUACCAGAGCGCGUCGGGGAUCCCGCCCCUCAAAGGGGGAACACUGCCGGUGAAGCUGCUCCAGAGGUCGGCCAGCGUUCGGGGUUUCUUCCUGCCCCACUUCAUCAGUGACUACAGGGAGGCUCUGGGUAGCAUGAUGCAGAUGUUUGCCAAGGGGAAGCUGGUGUGUGAGGUGGAUGGAGGGGAUUUGUCACAGGAGGGGAGGUUCACAGGGUUGGAGUCAGUGUUCCGGGCUGUGGACUACAUGUAUGAUGGGAAAAACCUGGGCAAGGUGGUGGUGGAUGUGGCACCACCCUCUGUUAGCAGCAGUAAGCUGUGAUUUAACUGAUUGUUAAUGCACUAAAAAAAAAAAAAAAUCAUACUUGAAACUAAAUGAUUGUCAAGUUUAAGAAGGAAAUGUCUUCAAUCAUUUCAAAUACAGAUUAUGUUCUUUAUUUUUGUAUGAUUGAUAUAAAACUAUAAGUAAAGCUAUACAGUGAUUUCAAUAAACAUAAUAAGUAACUUUA